AUGUAUGCGAAGAAAUUUCUAGACGAACGGCAGAGUGUCAUCAUCGAUCGGUGUAACUUUGAUCGAGAUCAACGUAGAACAUGGAUUGAGCUUGCUCGACACUAUAAAAUACCUGUUGAUUGUAUUGUUUUAACAGCUGAUCAAAAGGAAUGUGGAGAUCGCAUAGUGAUACGAGAAAAUCAUCCUACAGGCGUUGUGGGUAGGGAAGGUCUCCAUAUUUUACGGAAGUUCGUCAGAAACUAUCGACCACCCAGGUUGGAUGGAAAUGAAGGCUUCUCACGUAUCCUAUACCUGCCUCCCAGCCCGAGUUCUAUAUGUACAGCAGAACGAGUGGAUGAAAUUUUCGCAUUGCUAGAGCAAUGCCCAUUAUUG